CACAUGGCGAAGGUUUACCCGGAUUUGAUUGAGAGGUAUAAACUCGAAGCAGAAUUAUUUCCCGAUCAUGUCUCACACGCGAGAUAUAUGGAGAACGCGAAAAAUGGGGAUGCGAGAGUGAAGGAGGAUUGGAACAAUUGUGGCGAACUCGGCAAGGGAAGUUUUGGUGUCGUACAUAAGCAGAUCCAGAAAACUACGGGCCACUACCGUGCGGUAAAGACGAUUGAUAAGAGACUGCCCAACCUCGAUUAUUCUAGGGAGCUCCUCGCGAUGGCCAUAUUGGCAAAGGUUCGUAGUCUCACUCCAGUGGGGCUCUGCCCCAGUUUACCACCCCUCAAGCAUUUUCUUGUUGCGGUCUAACCGUCCACUAUUUUAGCAUCCGUCACAAUUCGUGGAAUUCCUGGGAUGGUUCGAGGAACCCGAGACUCUAUAUAUUGCGAUGGAAUAUCUCGAGGAAGGCGAUCUUAGAAACCAUAGCCGCACACCGCUACCACAAGAAACCGUUCGAACAAUUUCGAAACAGUUACUCCAGGGUCUCAAAGUGAUGCAUCAAGAGGGAAUAGCUCAUCGGGAUUUAAAGCCCGAGGUAUAAUCCUUGCCACCAAGCGCAUCGCUUUACAAUAUUGAAUCGCAGAAUGCUGACGAAUGCAUAGAACAUUUUUGUAGUUUCCAUGUCUCCGGUCUGGGUCAAACUGGGAGAUUUCGGGAUAUCGAAGUGGAUCCCUGCUGAAGCUACCACCACCUUCCACACCCAGGUGUCAACGCCAAUUUACAGCGCUCCUGAAGUUCUAGGGUUGGAUUCCCAUAGCGAAACCUCGGACUAUACGAAUUCUGUUGAUAUUUGGUCACUCGGGUGUGUGAUAUAUGAGUUACUUGUGGGAAAAAGGUUAUUCGUCUCGGAGAGUCAAGUAUUCCGCUACUACUUGGGAGGCUGGCACUUUCCCGAAGGUGAACUAAAAGGGUUAUCGCCUCCAACAAACAACGUCGGAAUUUCAUUGCUGAAAUCCAUGCUCACAAUACAACCCGAGAAUCGCCCUACUGCGGCGGGUGCGCUGGGCCAUGCGUGGUUGAUGGGCCUUAAG